AUGGGCGGGGAUUUCUUCACAUUCGAACCCGGACACUGCGUCAACAAUGCCAGGCACCUUAACCAUUACGCCAUCGCGCUGCCAAUAUGUACGUGCAGCGUGAUGAGAGAUUUAUAUUCCACUGGACUAACUAAUUUCAAAUUAAAUUUGUUUGUAAUUACGGGGACAGGUUUCAAAUUGCCACAGACUAGGACCCUGGUAGCCAACCGGCACAUAAAACUACCAAACCCCAACUUGAAAGCUCACAUCGACACCAUAAGUGCAAAAUGUAACAGUUCUGAAACGGAGAUAAUACUGAACUGGAUUGCACUGCAACUGCACUGCAUACUAGCCUACUGUAUGGCUAGAAUUGAUUAUCAUGAGUUGACUUUAGAAAUGAAGAAAUAA